AUGGUGUAUGAUUCGUUAACUGAGGCACCUCGUAACCUCAAGGAGGGCAUUGACUGGUUAAUGGCCCUGAGGGGGAAGGAUGGUGAAAAGAACUUGGCGGCCAUGGGCGCAGCGGUCUACAAAUUCCUUGCAGACAAACCUGUUGGCUUCAUGGAGGUCCCAGCUCUCGAUGAACUAAAAAGCAUUUCUAAGAAAUUCAUGGAGAAAAAGGAGCUUAGGGACCUGCCAUUCGUAAGAAAGCUGCUGGGAAAAUUCGCGUGGAAAGUGAGUAAAAGAGUCAGCUCGUUCCAUAAAAAGUUUGGUUCUAUAGCCGAGAGCGAUUGGGAGAACGUCAUAGAAACCAGAGGUGUCAAGCCGGAAGACAUCGCAGCGGACUUAGCCAAAGCUGUGUAUGGCUGUGCGAGGUUCUUGGCUCAUAUCAAAAACCCUGACAAGUAUGAGUCUGCUUACAGUUCGAACGCGACGUGGGAUGCAUCAUGUGCGAAGGACCCAGAAGCCUGCGCAGUGGUCCUCGUUGGGGUGGCGCCCAUGUUAUACACUGGCCUACGGUCCUUGAAGGAUACGAGCUUAGAUAUUGUGAACCGUCACCGGCCAAGUAAAUGUGCAGAGUUUCGAUUGGGAUGUUUAAUUAAAGCCGUAGGUUACGAAGAGCCAGGGUGCCGCACUAGCGUGAGUGGUUCAGUUAUCUUCAAGGCGUUCGGAGCUAUUAAUAGACGUAUCCUUACCAUAUUCUACGAUCUCGCUGGGUUUUGGGCUUUCUAUGGGUUUGAGAAAGUAGGGGAUAUGAUAGUUGAAGUACCCAGAGGAACCGCAUAA